GCAGUGAUGCCAGUGUGGCCCGCACCCAUCUUAAGCGACCUCGUGCUGGCGUGUAGUUGUGUUAUCACAACUGCAGAAACUCUACCAGACCAGUAGCCAUGCAGCCGCCCCUCCUCUUCCAGCUGUCACCCAGCAGCACGGGGCCUCCGGCCCCUCCCCCUCACGUGUUGCCGGGUAUCAGUAGGUGCAGUAGUAGUGUGUCAGGCAGCGGCACUACUCACUUCCUGGGGUGUGAGCCAGCAUCGUAGCCGAUGCCACCAUGCUGCUGUCCGCCGUGCUGCACACCUACUCCCUGCGCUACAUGCUGCCCGCCGCCCUCAUGCUGGGCACGGCACCCACUUACCUGCUGGCCUGGGGGUGCUGGAGGGCCCUAAGCACCGUCCUGCCAGAGAGCCUGUACCGGCGGGGAGACGACCGGCUGUACACCUUCUACCAGAGCAUGGUGCUCUUCUUCUUCCAGCACUACACCGGGGUCCAGAUAGUGAUAUAUGGAGACUUGCCAGAAAAGGAAAAUAUUUUGUACCUAUCCAAUCAUCAAUGUACAGUUGACUGGAUUAUUGCAAACAUGAUGGCUGUGCAACAGAAUGCCUUGGGUCAUGUUCGAUAUGUUCUUAAGGAUGGCCUGAAAUUUCUUCCCCUGUAUGGCUGGUAUUUUUCACAGCAUGGUGGAAUUUAUGUCAAGAGGAGUGCUAAAUUUAAUGAAAACAAAAUGAAAAACAAACUGGGGUCUCAGAUGAAGGCAGGGACUCGGAUGUACCUUGUAAUUUUCCCAGAAGGAACACGAUACAAUCCUGAUAUACCGAAGGUUAUUGCUGAUAGUCAAGCAUUUGCCAUGAAAGAAGGACUGCCAGUUCUGAAACAUGUGCUGACUCCACGUGUGAAGGCGACUCAUGUGGCAAUUGAGACAAUGCAGGACUACCUAGAUGCUGUGUAUGAUGUUACAGUUGCCUAUGAAGGAACCACUACCCAGAAUGGACAAAGGAAAGAAGCACCUUCCAUGCCUGAGUUCCUGUGCAAAGAAUGUCCAAGGAUUCAUAUGGCUGUGGAACGUAUCAGCGUGAAGGAUAUACCGAAGGAGCAGACUUUUAUGAGAAGAUGGCUUCAUGAACGCUUUGAAAAUAAAGAUAAGUUGCUGACUGAGUUUUAUGAAGCCAAGGACCCUGAAAAACGCAAUAAGUUUCCUGGGGAAGGUCACGUUGCCAAGCUCAGCUUGAAGAGAACAGUGCCAUCAUUAUUUAUUUUAACUGGAUUAACUGCUGGUAUGCUAUGUACAGAAACCGGAAGGAAAGUUUACAUCAAGACUUGGAUAUAUGGAACAUUAAUUGGUUGUAUAUGGGUCAGCAUCAAAGCCUGAAUGGACUGUUCAUUUCAAAUCAGUUGCACAUUAUACCAAAACUAUUUUGUCCUAGACUGAAGACCUUGUAAAUAUUGCCUUAUUCUUUACUGUAUUGAUUACAAUAGAAUGUAAGACUGCUGCAAAUGAGAUUAGUAUCAGAUGCAAGUACAUUUUGAUAAGCUCUCUGACUUUCAAGAAACGUUUUGUUUACUGUAAUUAUCUUCACUUUUACUAUAUCACCAUAAAACAAAUCAUUUCUCGACUUGCCAAUAGCUAGUGCACAAUGUGUAUAUCCAUGUUCUACACACUUAUGAUGCCAUGCAACUUAAACUAUCUAGAAAUUGUCGUGUGUGCCACCCCCACCCCUCAGAAACAUGUCCUAUCUGCAGAAACUGAACAUAAGAUCCUAUGUGUAGAUGAUCAGCUAAUGGUAUAAUAGUAACCUGGGAGCUGUCUGCUCUGUCCACCCACCAAACUACCAUAUUUAUAUUAUCUGGUAUGGUGUGACCACAUAUCUAUAUGGCCAGCCCAAUUUGCUAUCUAAAAAUGUACUUUGUUCUUUGUCCUUUUUUCAUGAUCAAUGCCAAUAGUUUUUAUUUUGUCUUUCUUAUACCCUUAAUGCUUUUUGUUCUCACAGCCAUUGGGGGGGGGAGGGGGGAGGGGUAUCCUAAUUCCCAAUGCUUUUUCACCUGAGACACCAGAAGCAUAAUACCCGAUAAAUGCCAGCAUUGGGCGAUCAGGACGCUGGCAUUGGGGUUAAUAGGUUAGCCCCUGGCAAACCUAUUAGCAGCAGUAAAUUUCCGCUGCUAAUAGGAUAUCCUCCAUGGUCUCUGAAUAAUUCAUCGGGAAUUUGUGUUGCUAGCUUUGGCAUAUUACGAAAGCCUGUUUUUGUUUGUGUUUUUAUUUCUUUUUUUGGCGCUGCAUGUUUAAAUACUAUAAAUAUUGUUUAUCUUUUGUUGCUGGCCUGUUUCUUCAUAUUGUUAACCAUGCAAAGUUUUGGCCACUUUGCUAAAGUAUGAGUAAUUGUUUAUUAAUAUAUAACAUCUAUUUAAACGCUGUUAUAGAUAUGGUGCUAUCCCGUACUUUUGCCCAAUGCAUCAGAGAAAUAUGAUCUGAUCAUCUCCCUAAAUGUGCCUUUUUCAUAUUGUUUCCAUAAAAUACUGUGCACAAGAUAUCUUUUUGAAAUUGUUUGCAACAUCUAGUUCAGAAAUGUUAACUGUAAUAGAGCAUUUUCUUUGUGCAAGAAUUGGAGGAUAUUUGAUGUUAAUACCAUUGAAUCCUAUAUAAUUGCCAACCAGAUUGAAAGUCCAUAUUUGAAUAUAUAUUUACACAACUCCGCAUCUCUAGCUUUUCCAAUGGGUCUCUGCUAUGCUUUGAGAUAGAUGGAUUAGACAUUUGAAAGGCUUUAGUUGCCACUUAUUCUAAUAUUGAGUUGAGUAGUAUUUUCUUUAGCUUGUUACAGUGACAUGUUAUGUGUAGUUUCAGUUUCCAGUUGAACCUUAGGGGAAUUAUAUACUCAAAGGAAUUGUUGCUGUAUUACAACAUAUUACCAUGGUAUCUCUUCCCCCACCAUGAUCUGUGUGCGCUUCCAGUUAGGCCAUGCUAGCAGAUAGUAGGUGAAAGUGUUGACAGCACAUCAGUACAAACUGUUCUAUUACCUGGCUUUUAUAGGUAUGUCCAAUUAACUGGACUAGAGCUUAGGUCAAUCAAACUACAUGCAGGUCUUGCAGUGUUCUAGUUGAAUAGCUUGGAUGUUUCCUUUGUAUCUCGGGACUGUGUUCUCUCUUACCAAUAAGCACCGUCAGUCAGUAGUGUAUGCUGUUUCUGGAAUGGAAAACUAUAUAGGGUUGAGAUUUUGGGGUAUAUUCAAUUGCAGUCGAAAACUGGCGUCUGUUGAAAAGACGGCAGUUUUCGACUUUUUAAGGUCGAAUCCUGAUUCAACCUAUUCAAAGCUUUUCGACAAGUCGAGGCAUUCGACUUGUCGAAAAGCACGUGGAUCGGCGGAAUAGCUGCCGAUCCAUGUGUUGAUGUCGAAAACGGGGCCAAAUCCGACAGGUUUUGGCCCCCUUUUUCGACUAUCUCAAUCCGACAUCAAAAUGAUGUCGGAAUGAGAUGGACCCGGAGGGGGGGUAGCCGCAGGUUAGAAGGGGAAACAGCCGGCGGGCAUACAGGAGAUCAGCGCUACAGCUGGGUGUCACUCACCCGCCCGACCUCACGGCAGCUUCCACCAGGCUCCAGCACGCUUUAAUUGAAUAUACCCUUUAGACUUAAUAGGGAACACUGAAUAAAAGUCUGUUACUCCUGUUUUAUUCGUGGUGAUGACUCGUCAUGCCAUUGAGACUGCAAUAUUUUCAGUGAAACAUGUAUUUUGGGAUUUUGGAUCUCUUUAUGAGCUAAAACAUGUAUGGAGCUACUACAGUAGCUUGAGUCAGAAUAUAAAUCUCAACAUGCCAAGUUAUGCUGGCUAAAUUGGGUUAUAUGUGAUGUACCUAUUGGUAAUAAUAUAUUACAAGUCAUUUGCUGCAGGUUUAACCUGAAACGAGGGGCAAAAAGCAAUAUUAUUUAGCCCUUAAGUACAUGACCAGUUUAUAAGUAGUUUUAAAGCACUGCGUUCACUGAUGUACUACAGAAAUGCUAGAUUUCAGAUCUACGUGUUCUAGACAUAUGUUCACGUGAGAUGUCACGCUGUUAUAUGCAGUUUGUCUUUUUAUUCAGUGCGAACAGGAUCUUGAAUACGUGGUGUGAGCUAUCUUUCACUGCUAAGGCUGACACAUGACAGAGUUUGUAAUGUGUGGGAGGAAGAUAUACAGUAUAUAGGUACCUCAGUAUAUCUAGAUAGCAACACAACAUCCCCUCUGAGGUUAUCUACUACUUUGAUGUCUUUGCUGUCUGCCUUUUAUGUCCCAGAAAUAAUAAUGUAGGGAACAUGGAGAUUGUACUGCUGUUCUGUAGAAUAUUUAACUCCUACUUCUAUUGCCAAAUGCAAACUUUUUUCGUUACAAUGUGCAAUGCUAUUACCUGUUCAUAUGUAUUUAUAAUAUAGAUGUUUAGUUAAAGGUUCCUAUAAGUACUCUAUGUUGUAGGUUCUGUGCUAUGUGUUGCCAAGCUGCAUUACAAUAUUACAAUCUACUUGACUCGAUUAAGCUCUGUUUUUACCAUUUUAAAGUAACAUAUAUUUUGUUCUUUCCGGUAUGCUAGUUAAAUGUGAAAUUUAUUUAUAUUCUUUUCUGGGCAUUCACCAUCAAGACUGUAAUCUACAUAGUUAAGAGACAGUGAGUCAGGAUUCAUGAGCAUUCCCCUGUGACAUCACUUGGUCCUAGUGAAGGAAUGGGCUGUACUCCCCUGAAUAUUGGCUGUUUGCAUUCUGCGCAGGCCAUGAGAACACUUUCAUGACUGCUCCUCACACUUUUAAGAUGUCAGCAUUUGUAAGGGGUCACGUCUGUGUAUAAAGUUUUUUUUUAAAGCAGCGUUAUGCAAUGCUGCAGUGGUUCUCAAACUCGUUCCUCAGGACCUCAAACAGUUCAUGUUUUACAGGUCGCCUAGCAUGGAGCACAGGUGGAGCUGAUUAAUUUCUCUUACAAUUCUUUGAGGAGACCUGGAAAACGUGAACUACAGUAUUUGGGGUCGUGGGGACAGAGUUUGAAAACCUGUGCUAUACUGGAUAGGAUGAAGCAGUGACAGGCGAAUGUUCAUGCAGAACUGUGGGCCAUGUGGGAGCAAUGUAGUAGCAACUGCUUGUUUUAUUGUCUCCAUGUCUGUGAUUGAAUUGCUUGAAAUUAAACAAAAUAUGCACUGUAAAAAUAGUUUCCUUUUAUUGCUGUCUAAAGGCCCGUACACACUGGCCGAUAUAUCGGCCGUUCUCUUGAACGGCCGAUAUAUCGCGGGACCAUCGGCCAGUGUGUACGGCCGAUACGUCUGUGAACUCUGUCGUUCACAGACGUAUCGCGUCGGCCGUGCAGCACAGCUGACGGCCAAUAUAUCUACCGAUAUAUUGGCGCGUCGCUGUGUGUGUACGGGGCGGUCGGCCGACCGCCCGUACACAUGCUGCGGCGGCCGGCGGUGAUUGACAGCUGAACUGGGCGGGCGUGUGUACACGCCCGCCCAGUUCAUGACGUCAGUCCCCGAUGGAUCGGGCAGUGUGUAUGCACAGCACACUGCCCGAUCCGUCCAUAGAUAUAUCUGCAGAUCAGUUGAUCUGCAGAUAUAUCUAUUAGUGUGUACCCACCUUAUGAUGCAAACAUUGUGUUGCUACUCCGUUAUCACUUUGCAAUGGGUUUAUUGAGACCUGUUGAAGAAAAUGGAAUUACUGUGAACGUUAUUUACAUGAAUGUGUUCAACUUGACUUGGAUUAAUUGCAAAGUGCCAUAUGAUUUUAACUGAAGAGCUUCUGCCGAUUUGAAUAAAUGCAAUUAUUUUACUGUUAAUGUCUCACCUUUGUAAAGAAAUUAAUAAUAAAAAUAUUGGAAAUCCAA